AUGGACUUCUCCAACCUCCACCUCGGGCACAAGCCUUCCUCCAAGACGGUCAUCCAAAUCGUGGACAUGGAUGUCUAUGUUUACGGGCUUGAGGAAAUCCGAGGGUCGAACCGGCCUGUGGCAGUCGCCUGUCUUUCCCAUGGAUGGGCAAACAAGGCCAUGCACAUGGAACAGAUGGCAUACGGGGUGCUUGGGGAGGCAAGGCGGCUCGAGAAGGAAGGCGGUCGGAAGGUGUUGCGCGACAUGAUCGCGGUAACGCUAGACCAUCGCAACCACGGCCCGCGCAGGCGGAACCCGAACGGACUUGUGUUUGCAGACAACCCGCUCAGGCUGUACAGGGCCGCUGACCGCAGUUCGCAGGCACACGCUACCCUGGUAGGCGGCGUCCACGACUUCGAGCUCGUUAUGGACAGCUUGGCCUCGUACCUCUGGCCAAAAGAUGAGCGGCGCAUCGAGGAAUGGAUGUACUCGGGCGUCUCGCUCGGCGCAGGACAUCUCACCUGGCGCAUGCUGCGAGACGACCCCCGCAUUCGCAUUGGCGCGCCAAUCGUUUCAAUUCCCCCCGAGUUCCUCGCGGGCAUUCUGACGCGACGCUUCCGCGUCCCUCCCCCAGACGACCCAGACAACAUCAUCCCAAGUGCCGUACGUGCAGCGUUCGAAAUGAAGGCGCCGCCCGGGUCGUAUAGAAACAAGAAGAUCCUCAGCGUCCACGGCGCAAUCGACGAGACGAUUCCCGUGCGCCUGGCCAAAGACGAGUUUGCUCGUAUCCGCGGCGAGACAGACACGCUUGAAGUCUUCGUCCAGGACGGGAUGGGACACGUCGUGACGCCAGAGAUGGUUUCGCAAGUCGCCAAGUGGUUCUGGCGCUGGGGGUGCUGCGCGCAGCGCGAGGCCAAGUUGUAG